UCUUGAUCCUCUCCGUAUUGUUGAUUCCAGUGUUUUCAUCAUCGUCAUCAUCACCACAACAGGCAAGAUGGCUUCUCACAGAUUCGACCCCAACUUCACCCAGAAUGUCAUUGACGGCAUGGGCCCCAACACCACUCCCCGCAACCGUCAGGUUCUUGGUGCUCUGAUCCGUCACAUCCACGACUUCGCUCGCGAGGUUGAGCUCACCAUGGACGAGUGGAUGGCUGGUGUCAAGUACAUUAAUGAGGUCGGCCGCGUCUACAGCGAGUCUGGCCAGACCCGUAACGAGGCCCACCGUCUCUCCGACAUCUUGGGUCUUGAGACCCUUGUUGAUGAGAUCGCCCACAAGAUUGUCGUCGAGGAGGGUCUUGAGCCCACCUCGUCCUCCAUCCUCGGGCCCUUCUGGUCCCCCAAUGCCCCCUUCCGCGAGAACGGUGGCUCCAUCAUCCAGGACGGUGUCCCUCCCAAGGGCCGCGUGACCAAGAUGCACGGUGUCAUCCGCGACAUCACCACGGGCCAGCCCAUUCCCAACGCCGUGUUCGACAUCUGGCAAGCCUCCGCCAACGGCAAGUACGACUUCCAGGACCCUCAGAACCAGACGCCCAACAACCUGCGCGGCAAGUUCAAGGCCAACGAGAAGGGCGAGUACUGGUUCUACUGCCUCCACCCGACUGCUUACAGUCUGCCCACCGACGGCCCCUCGUAUGCCCUCCUCCAGCUCAUGGACCGCCACCCCAUGCGCCCCGCUCACAUCCACAUCAUGGUUACUCAUCCCGAGUACCAGGGCUGCACCACUCAGCUCUACCCCAGCGACGACCCCUGGAUCACCAACGACACCGUCUUCGCUGUCAAGGAUGAUCUCGUUGUGACCUUCAAGCCUCUUGAGGGUGACGAGAAGGCCGUUCUUGAGCUCGAGUACAACGUCAACCUUGCUCCCAAGGGCUUCAAGGGCAAGGUCUAA